AUGGCGGUGAAUGAGAUGGAUGGGUGCGACGGGUUGUCCUCAAAUGGCAACCAAAAUAAUUUGCACGAAUGUGGUAAUGAAAAUACAAUGACUGAUACCCAGGACAUGGAUAAUAUAGAAAUGAUUUCGGAACCAAUGACUCGGAACAACAGUAACAACAGUGCCAACAGUACGGAACAACAGCCACCAACUGAUGAGUCCGUUCAGAGAUCACUGUCCAUUAACUAUGAAGAUCAAGGCUUUUACGAACAAACUUUCGAUCAAAUAUCAUUCCAAGGAAAGGGUGGAUUUGGGAGUGUAUAUAAAGUCAGAGACAAAACUACAGAUGAAAUAUAUGCCAUCAAAUUAAUCCCAUUUAAAGAUUUCGACGAAGAGGAUACUAUAAAAACUUUGAGAGAAAUGCAAAAUUUGGUGAAAGUUAAGUCACAAUAUGUUGUCGAUUGGUAUCAGUCAUGGCGUGAAGCCGGACUCCUAUUUAUUCAAAUGGAGUUUUGUUCACAGAAUUUAAUGGAUAUUCUUAAAGAUAAACCACAAGUAUUUAGCCGAAAAUCAGGAGAUCUAAUGAAUUUAGUCGAGUAUUUCAUUUCGUGUGAAAUAUUGCGACAAAUCUUAGAAAGUGUUCAGUAUUUGCAUGAAUUGAAUCCACAGAUCAUUCACAGAGACUUCAAACCCGAUAAUAUAUUGAUUGCUGAUAUAAUAAGGAACGGAAGGUUUAUUAAGUUAUGCGACUUUGGUUUGGCUACAGUUCACGAGAACAGUAUUCACAAUAAAACUAAAUACAAACACACGACAGACACGAGAGACUAUAGAUAUAUGGCGCCCGAAAAUCUUCAGGGUAAAAAAUAUAACCACAAAACCGAUUUUUAUAGUGUGGCACUAAUUGGUGGUGAAUUGUUUGACAUCGUGGUCCACACUAUUGACGAUAACAGGCCCGAAUGUAGAAAAGUGAUGGAUAGAUAUAGCGAGUGGUCUAUUGAUAAGAAUAUUCUGAUAAAUGAUAAGAUAUACAAGGUCAUAUUAAAUAAGCUCGAGGCUUAUGAUUCAUAA